AUGCCUUUGUCCCAAAAGCCCAUGCGGUACGGCCACACCGAAGGCCACACAGACGUCUGCUUUAAUGACGCUGGAAGCUGCAUCGUCACUUGCGGUAGUGAUGGAGACGUCAGGAUUUGGGAAAGUCUGGAUGACGACGACCCCAAGUCCAUUAAUGUGGGAGAAAAGGCCUACUCGUUUGCUCUGAAGAAUGGGAAGCUGAUUACCGCAGCAUCUAACAAUGCUGUCCAGAUCCACACGUUCCCGGACGGCGUUCCGGAUGGUAUCCUGACUCGCUUCACUAUGAAUGCAAACCACGUGGCUUUCAACGCUGACGGGAGCAAAGUCGCUGCUGGAUCCAGUGACUUUUUGGUGAAGAUCGUGGAGGUGGCCGACAGCAGCCAGCAAAAGACAUUUCGAGGGCAUGACGCACCUGUUUUAAGUGUCUCAUUCGAUCCACAGGAUGCUUUUCUGGCAUCAGCAAGCUGUGAUGGAUCCGUCAGAGUGUGGAAAAUUGCGGAGCAGAUCUGUGAGAAAAGCUGGCCCCUGCUGCAGAAGUGUAACGACGUGGUCGAUGCCAAAUCAAUAUGUAGACUCGCCUGGCAGCCAAAAAAAGGAAAGUUUCUGGCCAUCCCAGUAGAGAAAGUUGUUAAGCUGUACAGGAGGGAUACGUGGGAACAACAGUUCGAUCUGUCGGAUAACUUCAUCUCGCAGCCUCUCAAUGUUGUCGCCUGGUCUCCCUGUGGACAGUUCGUGGCAGCAGGAAGUGUCGGCGGCUGUAUAGUUGUUUGGAACGUGGACACGCAGGAGUGUCUGGAGAGGGUGAAGCAUGAAAAAGGUUACACCAUCUGUGGCCUGGCCUGGCACCCAGAAGGCAGCCAAGUAGCUUACACAGACACGGAAGGCAAUCUGGGUCUCCUGGAGAACGUCUGCGGUGCAGAUAGAAAGCAGUCAAACACCAAGGCAUCGGCUCCCGCUUCCAAAGACUACGAUGAUCUUUUUGACGAGGAUGACAACGAGGACUUUCUGAACAGAGACUUCAUUGAGCCCCAGUCGUCCCCAAAGGCAGUGACAAAUUACGAAGAUGAGGAUGACGACCUGACGGUCGCAUCGGGAAGGCCCAGGAACCGAGGGGCGAUCAUCGAGGAUGACGAGAACUCCAUAGAUCUCGGCUUGCUGAAGGCCAGUUCCGCUCCAGAUAAGCAGGGCGAAGAGGAGGAUCAGGAGAGCCUUCCUCCGGUCCCACCACAGUCCUCUACCCAGAGACCUUUCUAUGACGGGCCGGUGCCAACCCCUCGGCAAAAACCGUUCCAGUCGGGCUCCACCCCGGUACAUCUCACGCAUCGUUUCAUGGUGUGGAACUCUAUCGGUAUCAUUCGCUGCUAUAACGAUGAGCAAGACAACGCCAUAGAGGUGGAAUUCCAUGACACGGCCAUACACCACGCGAUGCACUUGCCGAAUUCUUUGAACCACACGAUGGCAGACCUUUCCAGUGAAGCUAUCUUAUUAGCCUGCGAGAGCACAGAAGAGCUGGUGAGCAAACUUCACUGCAUCCAUUUCAACUCCUGGGAUUCCAACAAGGAAUGGACUGUCGACAUGCCGCCGGACGAAGACAUCGAAGCGAUCUGUUUGGGCCAGGGCUGGGCUGCGUGCGCCACCAGCGCGCUCCUCGUCCGCGUGUUUACAGUGGGGGGAGUUCAGAAAGAGGUCUUCAGCCUCCCCGGGCCGGUGGUGUCGGUGGCCGGACACGGAGAGCAGCUGCUGGUGGUCUUUCACAGAGGUACUGGCUUUGAUGGGGAUCAAUGUCUCGGAAUUCAACUGGUAGAGCUCGGAAAAAAGAAGAGACAGAUUUUGCACGGCGACCCCCUCCCCCUUUCCUGGAAGUCGUAUCUAACAUGGGUAGGAUUUUCAGCAGAAGGUACCCCAUCUUACGUGGAUUCCAAAGGCGUCGUGCGCAUGCUGAACAGAGGGCUCGGCAAUACUUGGACUCCGGUCUGCGACACGAGGGAGCACUCUAAAGGGAAGUCGGACCACUGCUGGAUCGUUGGCAUCCAUGAAAGCCCACAGCAGCUGAGAUGCAUCCCUUGCAAAGGAGCAAAGUUCCCACCCACGCUUCCCCGCCCUGCAGUAGCUGUGUUGCCCUUUAAACUUCCUUUUUGCCAGACUGCGACUGACAAGGGGCAGAUGGAGGAGCAGUUCUGGCGUUCUGUCCUGUUCCACAACUACCUGGAAUAUUUAUCCCAAAAUGGAUACGAAUGCGAUGAAAGCGCGAAAAGCCGGGCCUCCCAGGAGCAGCAGAACCUCUUGAUGAAAAUGUUUGCGCUUUCCUGCACGCUGGAACGUGAAUUCCGCUGCAUGGAGCUGGCGGAGCUGAUGACCCAGAACGCCAUGAGUUUGGCCGUCAAGUAUGCCUCGCGCUCUCGGAAACUUAACCUUGCCCAGAGGCUGAGCGAGCUGGCAGCAGAGAAAUCAGCUGAGCUGGCAGCUGUUGAAGAACCUGGCGAGGAAGAGGAGGAGGAUUUCAGAAGCCACCUGAAUGCUGGUUACAGUAACACCCCCACAGAAUGGAGUCAGAGCAAAGUCAGGAGCCUCCAGCGCCAGCAAAGCACGGAAGCCAGUUCGGAAGCGGAGGAGGGCGAAGAAGAAGAAGACGUCUCUGAAGAGGCAAAGCCAAUGACUCACGACCCCCCACAGUGCAGAAAUGCAACCCUCUCCAAGUCUGCGAAAGCUGUCAUUGUAUCCAACAGCCAAGGACGAGUCAAUCCGUUCAAGGUGUCCAGUAGCCAAAAGGAUCCCGUAGCUCACUCGACGAGCAUCUUAGACAACAUGACCAGACUGCCGAAGAAAAAUCCCGCACCGACCAGGCGGACCACAGCGAGCAAGGAGAAAGGCCCCGUGAUAAAACCGCUGGUUCCCAAGCCCAAGUCCAAACAGGCUGCAGCAGCUGCGUUUUUCCAACCCCGAACACCCAGCUCUGAGAAGAAAACCACCACGGACGAGAAAGGAGCAAAAACUGAAGCGGCACCACCUGAAACCCAGGCUUCGACUGAGAAUGGUGAAGACAAAAGGCCAAAGACCGGAUUCCAGAUGUGGCUGGAAGAGAACAGAAGCCUCAUUUUGGCAGAUAAUGCUGAUUUUGAAGAAACUGAGAUAAUACGAGAAGGCAUGGCUCGAUUCAGAGUGCUGUCUCCUGAAGAAAGGAUGACUUGGACUGAGAGAGCCAAAGGAAGAGAAGCUGGUGAUUCGGGCGAAAGGAAAAAGAGAAAGCACCCAGAAAGUGUUAACGGCGACGGUCAAGAAAGCCCAGAACAAAAAUCGGAAGAGAACAACAGCUCGGCCAAAAAACCCAAACCCGCUGACCAGAUGGGGAUCCAGAAGCUAUCCGCCUUUGCAUUCAAGCAGUCCUAACCUGACUGUUGUCAUCUCAAAGGGUUCAUGUUGUACGAACAGGCCAGCCAGCAGGUAACCACAAAGGGAGGGGUGGUUUUUUUGCCAAGUGUUCCAGAAAAGAAGUAAGCACUGCAUACUUAGAUGGGUGUAGAUGACUCUAGACCUGUCUUGCAUUAGUUGUGCGUUCAGUUUGCCAUUGGGGUUUUUGGAGGGGUUACCACUUUAUGCUGUGCCCCCUGGGGAAUUCAGUCUCAACAGGUCUGCAUCAAUGAGCCAAGACCCAAACGUUAUCCUGCUGAGAGUUUUCCAAUAGCUCAGAACUCUUUUUUUUUUUAAACUGUACAUCACAGUCUUGUGAAGCAGGCAGGAUUAAGGAGGAAAAGGGAGCGCGGAUUUGGCAGGUGGCCCGUGUGCCAGGUGGACGUGAAAACGCUCUUCUGACCCCAGAGCUGCACUUUGCAUCUCGGGAACUGAAGCGGUCCCUUUCCAGAGGUCCUUGUUGCAUUGUUUCUAAAGGCAGAGUUCUUGUAUGUUGUUAGUUGGAACUUCUACAGUUUUUUCCCCCCACGUGCCUCUGCGUGUCCUGGUCUGUGUGCUGAGAGAGGGAUCCCGUAAGAGUCGUUCAGCUCUGCACCUGGUUUGCGUGGCCUAACCCCAAUCCUGUAGAGGAGAAGAAUAUGGGGAAGUGCCAUCUCCUACAGUAUAGGGAGGUAUCGCGAGACAUGCCCGCGUGCUGUAUAGCUAGCGGACUCCCCCUGGGCUCAGCUGACUGAACGGCUUUCCCUCCCCAACCUUAGAACGUUUAUAUUUCUGUA